UUCUGGGACAGCCUGUAUAAACGCAUCUAUCAUCAUUUUGUAGCAUUUGUUUUCAGGAAUCCGCAGUGUUAACAUAUUAAUGUAAUAGUUAUGUUGCGAUAUAUCAUUUAAUAUUUACUCGAUACUUUACAUUUAAUAUUUAUUUGAUACAGAGCGGCCAAACAAAGCUUCCCGUCAGAAAUUUGCGUAACAUAUACCUUUAACAGAAUAAUGAAUCCGCAGUGUUAACAUAUUAAUGUAAUAGUUAUGUUGCGAUAUAUAUUGGUAGUGUUUUUGUACGCAGCAACGUGCUGUAAUGCAAUAUUCGUGGCUCCUGCAGAUGGGACCGAUACAACGAUCAACUUACCAGGCAAGCCAUUAAAUGGCGUGAACGGCAAUCUGCCAUCACCGCAAAAAAUUAUUUACGUCUACGGACUGCAAUGGAAUAUGCAAAAUGCCGUCAAUCUCAUAGAAAAAGGAAGAAACGAUUAUCUCGUAACACCUGGUAUGAGUGCUCAUAAGCUUCACGUCCGCAAAGUGACCUGGAACAAGGCUCGUAGAGUUUGUCUCCAAGAGGGAGGUCACUUGGCUGUCAUCAAUUCCAAUUCGGAGGAGAAGAUACUGUUGCGUAUCUUAGAGGAGAACAAGGUGAACCAGGCAUGGCUUGGCGUGCACGAUCUCUAUGAAGAAGGCGAUUGGAACACAAUCAUGGACGAGCCCAUGGAAGCUUCGGGCUAUUCAAAAUGGACUUCGAAAAUUGCAAACCUGCCUGACAAUUACAAUGGGAAGCAACACUGUGGAAUUCUUACGAAGGACGGUGGGAUGGACGAUAUCGAGUGCACCUCGACGCAAGCCUUCUUCUGCGAAAUUAGCUUUUGAAUCAGCAAAUCCCCAUGAAUCAUGACGGCGAGAUUGUAGAUCGGAUAUCAGAGCGGUUUAUCGGAGAUUCUAAUUAAGCGGUGAUUCCAGGGUGUGUUAUUGAGAUCGAGCAAACAACGUUAGUAACAACUCGAGUAUGUUAAUUGCGCUUUCGUGACUAAUGGGGCAGUGGAUCAAUGUUGCGAUAAAAAAAUUAGGUCAUAAGAUUUGUAUAAUGUUAUUAACGAUUAUUGUAUUAACGAUCAUACGCGCUUCGGUGAGGAUGCACUCAAUAACGCGAUAUAAAAUAUACGGAUACUAUAAAUAUACUAGGUAUAAACAUACUAGAAAAGAGAGCAUACUAAAGAAUACCAUAUUAUUAUUACGCAUUAAGUAUCCAAUAUAAAAAUGCGGACGAUUGCAAGAUGUAAGAAUGUCAAUCUUGCAGAUUUGUUAAACGCGGCUAAUCGUUUUAUACAAGAUAUGCCACUUUUUCUAUUCAU